AUGUUCAGUUACCAGAUAUUGAUCCAAGAUACUGUGGAAGGAAUGUGGUUGGAGGCUGGCAGCGAUGAAGAUCGGAAGUUAAACCUCAGCUUAAGUGAGAGCUUUUUCAUGGUGAAAGGAGCAGCCCUCUUCUUGCAACAGGGAAGCAGCCCUCAAGGCCAGCGAAGCCUGCAGCAUCCCCACAAGCACGCGGGUGACUUGCCCCAACAUCUGCAAGUGAUGAUCAAUCUUCUGCGUUGCGAAGAUAGAAUCAAGCUGGUAAGAAGAGACGAGAGUGGCAAGUUUUAAUUUUUAAUUGUGAAAUUUGGUAGGGAAUUACUGAUGAGCAGCGGGUGGGGUGAGAAACAGAGUAAAAGCUGCACCAUUGGGAUGGUUCUCCGACUGUGGAGCGACACGAAAAUCCACCUCGAUGGGGAACACCCAGCACGCCUGUGCCUCCCAGGCCUGACCCUCUGCCCUCCUCACCCCAGGUCCGCCCUGCAGGUCCUUCACAAGGCCUGCGAAGUGGCGCGAAGGCACAACUACUUCCCCGGGGGCGUGGCUCUCCUCUGGGCCACCUACUACGAGAGCUGCAUCGGCUCCGAGCAGAGCUGCAUCAACGAGUGGAACGCCAUGCAGGACCUGGAGUCCACGCGGCCCGACUCCCCGGCCCUGUUUGUCGACAAGCCAACGGAAGGGGCGAGGACCGAGCGCCUCAUCAAAGCCAAGCUCCGCAGCAUCAUGAUGAGCCAGGACCUAGAGAAUGUGACCUCCAAAGAGAUUCUUGCCAUCCCUUCUUCAGGGGCUAGCACAGGCCCCAUCCAGAUACCUCCAAAUGGGCUGCAGGCUAAAACCCCCAGGGCCCAUGUACUCACCAUCACCAUGAGGGCUGUAAGCAGUCUGAAGCUGACAUGUGACACUCAUGGGGAUUUAACCGUGUGCUCUGUCCCCCAGGGCUCUGAAUGGAAUGCAUCUAAUCUGGAGGAGCUGCAGGGCUCAGGUGUUGACUACAUCUUAAAUGUCACUAGAGAAAUCGAUAAUUUCUUCCCUGGCUUAUUUGCAUAUCACAACAUCCGAGUCUAUGAUGAAGAGACAACAGACCUUCUUGCCCACUGGAACGAGGCGUACCACUUUAUAAACAAAGCAAAGAGGAACCGCUCCAAAUGCCUGGUACAUUGCAAAAUGGGUGUCAGCCGCUCCGCUUCCACGGUCAUCGCUUAUGCGAUGAAGGAAUUCGGCUGGCCCCUGGAGAAAGCCUACAACUACGUGAAGCAGAAGCGCAGCAUCACGCGCCCCAACGCCGGCUUCAUGAGGCAGCUGUCUGAGUAUGAAGGCAUCUUGGACGCGAGCAAACAAAGGCACAACAAGCUCUGGCGCCAGCAGACCGAGAGCCGCCUCCAGCAGCCCGUGGGUGACCUCGCGGGGUCCGGGGACUUCUUGCCAGAGACCCUGGACGACACCCGGGAAGCCCGGCUGUCCUGCUUGGACGAUGCUGCCCAGCCUGGGUUCCCAGGAGGAGGAGGCCCCUCGCUCUCCUGCUGUUUCCGGCGGCUCUCAGACCCCCUCCUGCGUUCCCCCAGCGACGAACCCGGCGGCAUGGUCCAGCUGGAGGAUCUGGAGAAGGAUGCUCUGUUGGAGGGAGCAGCUCAGCCUCCAGCAGCGCCCACGCCAGCCAGACCUCCCCAGGAAGGCCCUGGGCCCUGUGAGAAGGAGGUGAAGAAGAAAUCGGAGUUCGGGAGCCCGAAAGCCCACGGUGGCCCCUUGCCGGCCGUGGAGGAGAUGGAGAGGGAGGAGGCUCCCGGAGCAGGGCAGCGGGGGAGGUCCCCAGCCCAGCUGGAUAAGAGCCUGCUCAACCGGGAAAACCUAAAUAAUAACAAUAGCAAGAGGAGCUGUCCGGACGACUUUGAGCACGAUGCUCUAUUUGGGAUCCUCAACAAAGUGAAGCCUUCCUACAAGUCCUGUGCCGACUGCAUGUACCCUACGGCCAGCAGGGCUCCCGAGGCCUUCGGGGAGCGGCGCGAGACCCCUGGGGCCCCCGCCAUCUGCACCCAGCCAACCUUCCUGCCCCACCUCACGUCCUCCCCGGUGGGCCACACAGCCAGCCGGUCCCGAGCCCUGGAGAAGCUGGCCUCCGGCCCCCCCGAAACUCCCCCACUCCUGCCACCAGCAGGCCCGAGGAGGCCGGACCCCGGGGACUCUGGGCCCAGGGCUGCCCCGGAGCCGCCAGCGAGCCUUUCGGAACCUUCCAGAGAGACCCCCAAAGUCCUGCCAAAGGCCCUCCUUUUGAAGAAUUCUCACUGUGAUAAGAACCCUCCCGGCAUGGAGGUGGUAAAGGAGGAAUCGCCACCCAAGAAGGACGUGAUCGGCAAGGACCUGCGGCUGCUGAUCAGUAAAGAAGCGAGAAGUCGAGCGCGCACACACACCAAAGAGCUCGAGCGGCUGAAGGGCGCGCCCGUAGACCCGGCGGCCCCCCUCAGGGACGGCACCGCGGGCCGGCUGGAGGCCAGCAUCCCCGAGGAGAGCCAGGACCUGGCUCCCGACCUGCCGCCGCCGCCGGGGGCCAGUGACGAGAAGCCGGAGGCCGCUCUCGUCCCGCUGGAGGGAGCCCCGCUGAAGAGCCCCUCUCUCUUCCUCUGCCGCCUGGACCACACCAGCCACUUCUCGAAAGACUUCCUGAAGACCAUCUGCUACACGCCCACCUCGUCCUCCAUGAGCUCCAACCUGACCCGGAGCUCCAGCAGCGACAGCAUCCACAGCGUCCGCGGGAAGCCGGGGCUGGUGAAGCAGCGGACGCAGGAGAUCGAGACGCGGCUCCGGCUGGCGGGCCUCACCGUCUCGUCCCCGCUCAAGCGCUCGCACUCUCUUGCCAAGCUCGGAAGUCUUGACUUCUCCACGGAAGACCUGACCAGUGAGGCUGACCUGUCCACCAUCGCCGACUCCCAGGACGCCAAGUCGAGCGAGGCCUCCUUCUUCUUGCACGAGCCCCAGGCCACCCCGCGGAACCCAGCCGCCCCCUCCAAACCAUCAGGGAAACCCGCCCCCGAAAACUUGAAAAGCUCCUCAUGGCUGAGCAAAAGCUGACCCGCCACCAACCGAUCACAUGACCCCUCCCUGAGUCUCACCACGGGUUUCAGUCAGCCCCUCGCGUCUCGAUUUCUCUCAAACAGUGGCGUUUAAGAACUCGCAGCCCAGGAGGAAAGGGGAGUGUCUGUUGUGUGGCCAGCAGACUCUGAGCCCGAGUCAUGCGUUUUCCAGGAGAAUCGUGUCUGCAGGGCAUGUACAGAUAUGCACACACGUCCAAGUGCGCUGUUCGCAACAGGCACAGAACAGCUGUGGCGGCGGCCUCGUCGCCAGCCUCACGGUCCUAGCUCAUUCAGCCCGCGUGGGAAAAGUCUUGGAUGGCAAUAUAAGUCCUACCUCUGUUCUUGCUGUGCUUUUUAUGUUUAAAAUACAGUGAUGCCCAAGGCUCAUUCCAGGGAAUACUGCUGUGUCAGAAAAAGGGUUCCCAAGAAGGAAUUUUGUUGUUGAAAAAGGUGUUAGGAUUUCUAACGUGACCACACCGAGCCCUGCGAGGGAAAGGGAUUCGAAGGUGUGGGAGGCUGUUGUGGAACCAGCUCUGUGGGCCUGGUCCUCUGUGCUGCCGACCCCUCUGUCCUGGCGUGUUGUUACCGCCGAGCGAUGCGUCUGGCCCGCACUGGGGUCCGGUGGGGGAAACGUGUGUGAUGUCCUCAGUUGUUGCUUGUGGUGGAUUUCAAAUUGCCCCCCAUCUGGGGAGAAGGACCGAGCAGCACUGUUGGUCUCCUCUGCUGUUGAGCCCCGUGGCAGGGAAGAGGUGUUGACGGUGGUGUCUGGGGGGUCCGGGGUCCUGAGAUGCAGGCUGUCCUGCCAGGGACCCGGCACUCAGGUUCAUUCAUUGUCACAUCUGCUCGUAUCUGGGGGGAGAAAGAAGACCCAGUAGUGAGAAACGAUCGGUUCCUCCCUAAGGGCAGCUUCUGUGAAAGAAACGCCGCUGUUGAAUAGCUUCCCCAUGUUUACAGUUGCCCCUUCGUGGCGGGGACACUGCCGCCCGCUUCUCUCUGGCGGCUCCCAGUGGGUGGACGGGGCAUGGGAGGGCCUGCGGUUCCAGCCGGCUCUGAGCAGCCCCGUUAAGAGUCAGGUGAGCUCGGUGCCUCAUGCUGCCGCGGCUCUGAGCUCGAGUGGAGGGUCAUCUGGUGUCGGUCAGCACGACAUCGGGAUGUUAAAAUAUUUUGAGAAGAGAGAAGGGGCUCGGGUAGAAAGGUUGAAUUCAGGGGUCAGCAAACUGUGGUAUAUGGUCCCAUGAGCUAAGAAUGGUUUUUUACCCCUUUCAGGGAGUUAUAAAAAAAAUUAACUCAUGGGCAACAGAGACCACGUAGCCUGCAAAGCCUAAGAUGUUUAUUAGCAGGCCCUGUGCAGAAAAAGUUCGCUGACCCCUGGGUUUAUUGGACAGCCCAGGGCUACCCAGAGCCCUCUUGGGAGAAACUGGGCACAUGUGAAACCUUCCGGGCCUCAUGAGGCCUCAGGCCAAAUCCUUCUCCCAACCCAGACCUUGCAGCCCACCCCCAGGGUGUCUCCUGCAGGCGGGUGGCUGUGUGUGGUCGGGACACUCCCGGCUGGUCAGCCAGGUUAAUUCAGUGAAACUAGAAAGCCUUCAAGGACCAGCCAGAUUCUGAAAGUGGAUGAAUGAGUUGCCACCGGAUGUUGGUCAGAAUGGGACCCCCGACAGCCACCAUUCUAGAAGCACCAGGCAGGGUCUUCGGGAACCUGGCUAGUCCAUAUUUCAACUAAUGCGAGAGUUUUGUUUUUGGUUUUUUGCAAAAACCCUCUCUCCAAGAACUUUUUCUCCCUGAUCGUAUCCUUUUAAUUUUUAAAAAUAUAUGUUAUUUUACUUUAUAGGAACUUAUUUUUCCCACCACCAUUCACUGAAAUCACCUUAAAAGGUGAUUAUUCACUUUCCCCAAAAACCCUGUUAGGUUUCUCUCUCUCUCUCUCUCUCUCUCUCUCUCUCUCUGCCAACAAAAGCAUAUUCUCAAAAAAAAGGAAAAAAAAAAUCAAGUCCAAUAUGUCUUGCCAAAUUAAAUUUCAUGUGGUGGAUCAAUUUUUGUGUCAAAAUAAUCCUUUAGGUUUGGUGAUGACAGGCUGUUUUGCUUUUCUAAAACCAUGUGUAUGAGAGUGAUAUAUUUUUGAAAACUUUAAUUUUGAAAGCCAUAAUUUUUCUUAUCCCGUGAAAGGGUGGGAGGAGGAUGACAAGUCUGAGUGGGUUUUUGGCUUUUGUCAAAAUGAUCGGUGCAUUUUCAGAAGCACAAUUUGUAUAUUAACAUCAAAACCAGGGACCCAUCUUCAGAGCAAAAUGAAGAGACAUUCUUGACCCACAGACCCAGGUCAGUUGCGUGUUGACAUCUGGCAAAUUGCUACCUGAAAUAUACUGACGAGCGCAUCCCGCCAGGCCGGGGGGGGGGGGGGGGGGGGUGCACCUUGGCAGACAGGUCAUCAGGUCAUGCUGCUCUCUGAAGGGAAGUUUUGCCCCCCUAAGAUGCACCGUAUCCUGACCGAUGUUCUGUCUGUAAUCUUAGCUGGUGGGGAAGAUUCUUAAGGCGAGCGGCAGGAGUGAGAGGCAGGGUGUGUGCCCUGGAAGUCCAUGACAUCAGUGACUGCCCCCUUCGUGGAAGGCCGUUGUCAAAUUAGGAGAGAUCAAACAUUUUCUCAGCUGUGUUUCAUCUUCCACCUCACCUUCCCCCCCGCUUUUAGUCACAUGGCACGCCAAAGGUUCGGGGGAACUAGAUCUUCCUGUUGCACUGGUCCAGGGGGGUCACCUGGCCAGGAGUUGUUAGGUAUAAGGGGGAAACUGAUCCUGGAGCGAGGAGAUGCUGCUCUGACGAUGUCGAUUUCCAUUUCUUUGUCGUGGAGCGAUGUCUGUCAUUGCGUGAGCUUCUUAAGAAGAAGGUUCUUCUUACUCGUGCGAUUUCCCUGCCUCCUUCGUCUCAGACCCCUGGGCUGGUGACAGCUCUCUGCCAGGUGAUGAGACCCUGUCCACCUGGUGUGCAGGUCACUCACCAGGCCCUCGGUGGCUGCACUGUCCAACCCCCCUCUGUCCACCCGCCCUCGCAGCUAAAGGCAUUCCAGCCCAUCCCAAAGCCUCUUCCCUCAUGGGUACACCCAGAGGAUGCCCCAGGAUGGAGCCAAGUUUGCAAUAGAAUUAACACUUUGAGGACAGCCCUGUACCCUGGCGGUCUUGUUUCUCCCCACAGGCCCGAUCCUAGAAGGUAGAGGAAUCCCCCUGCUCCCCCGGGGCUCUUUCUAUUGGGAACAAACACUGUAUCAUUUAGUCAAGAUCAUGUAAGUCACCUCCCCCAAGGUGUCCGAAGAGGGACUUGCUCUCUGUUGCCUGGAAAUGCUUGACGCCAGAAUACAUUUCACCCAACCCUCCCCUGGCUCCCCACCUAACAGGGCGCCCAUUUCACCUCUGGCCGUGGAGCCAGGCAGGCUGGGAAGAUGGUGACAUCUGGACAGGGCGGUGCAGGGCCGCCCGCUCUGGUCCACCCCGCAGGCUCUCGCUGACGCUGCUUGCCAAACCAAGGUAGUUGAUUGACCCCCAUGCUCAGCUACUGGUCUUUUUAUUGUCUGCUCUGCCAUGGAAUGCCUGUUGUGUUUGAGUUCACUCUGCAUAUAUAUAUAUAUAUAUUUGGAUAUAGAUAUAUAUAUAUAAGUAUAACUUGAAUCAUAUCAUCAUGUGCAUCACUUCUCAUUCACACACGCACUGUCCCCACGCUCUGAGGCGGAUCCCCUGGAGUGACGCUGUGUGGUGCCACACCCUUGGUAGCUCCGGACAGGACUGCCCUGUUCUGGUCCUGGAGGAGGUGCUGCGGCCCUGGCCUCGGCCCUGACACGGGAGGCUCCCCAGCCAGACCCCCAGUGCCCUGCUGUCCUUCCUGUCGGCUGUGCUGCACCAGGAGGUGGCUGCUUCCCCCCUCCUUGGACACUGUAAUUAUUUGUUUUACAAUUGAGUGCCUUAAUCAUAGUUUACAAAUACUGUGUAUUUAUGGGAAAGUGCUAAGCUCUCACCUUCUGUGAUUGGAUACCUGGCCUUGUCCGCGGUGGUUGGCAUUAGGGCGGGAGCUUGCCCUGCCGCGUCCUUGUGCUCAUCUGCUGUGCAGUCUCGCGUGCACGUGCACCCACACCUGUCCGAGGAGCGUGGCUCGAACCGGCUCUGGGAGUUCCUGCAGGCGAGGCCGACCCUGGCCCACGCCUCGUCCCGUGAUAGGGAGGGAAGACUAGAACUUGGUGUGCUGGCAGCUGGGGGUGCUGACGGCAGCCCAGCCCUCACCCGUUCCCCCGUCACACAGCUGUCCUCUUCUUUAAUAGAGGUUUUUAUUACCGCCUAGGCCACCCCGUUUUCCUCUCUGUUGGUGUCCUGAGCUCUUUGCAACAAAAUGCAGGUACAGACACCCUCCCCUCACCCCCCCACCCCCAAAAUCAGGAGCUCCACAAGAUGGUUGCCCUUUGGUUUUCAGAAGCUGCCAGUGGGUUCCAGUGUGUUGUGUAAUGAUACCAAUUUUUUUUAUUAUAUUGUUUUUUUUAUAGUAUAUAUUUAAAAGGCAGUAUCUUUUGUACUGUGAAUUUGCAGUAGAAGAUGCAUAAUGCACUUUUUUUUUUUUACUUCUGUUGGUGUGUACUGUAUAUAGUCCGUGUGCUUCUUGUGAUGAAAAUAAACGUUUUCUUUAUAAAUGCC